UUUUUACUGCAGCACAGUAUUAAAAUAUGUCUUUUCCUUAUCAUAAAUCCAAUCUGCAUUCUUCUGCACUUUGUGUUUGUAGACAACAACUCUAUCAGAUGAAGCACUUGACAGCAGUGUGCUGGAGAUUGUCUCUGCCAAUGACGAAAUAGGACCUGAAGCUGUUAGGGCUCGGCUUGCUGGUGAAGGCAUCCUAGCCAGAGACGACGUGUGCGGCAAAGUGUAAUCAGGACUAAUCCUGAAGGUGCUGCUCUUCGGACAAUGUCCCACAGGCUUCACAGAAGAACAUACAAAGUGGCAGGACCAAAUUCACUGUGGCAUGUAGAUGGAAAUCAUAAACUCAUUAGGUGGAGAAUUGUGAUCCAUGGAGGUGUUGAUGGGUACAGCAGACUUGUGGUUUUCCUACAAGCUUCAAACAACAAUAGAAGUGACACUGUUAUGGACCUGUUUAUUGGAGCAGUCAGCCAGUAUGGUGUCCCUUCAAGGGUCAGAUGUGACCAUGGAGGGGAAAACAAUGGAAUGUGUCUCUUCAUGGAUAUCUUCCGAGGCUCAAGCAGGGGUUUACGAGGGAGGAGCACUCAUAACCAGCGCAUUGAGAGACUAUGGAGUGAUGUGUGGAGAGGUGUUACAAACGUCUAUUAUUCAUUGUUUGCAUGGCUGGAGAAUGAAGGAAAAUUGGACUCCAGUAAUGAAAUGCACAUGUGGGCUCUUCAUUUUGUUGAUCUCCCUCGGAUAAACCGUGAUCUCAGAUUGUUCAUUAAUCAGUGGAACCACCACAAGCUGAGAACUGCCCACAUGUCACCGCAUCAGAUUUUUGUGCAAGCUUGUUUGUCACAACAUUUGCAACAUCACACUGGCAUUCAAGGCCUCUUUGGAGCAGAUGAACAGCCAGAAGCGGAGGGCGGCGAGGCAGGGGCAGCCGCAGCGGAGGGCGGCCAGGCAGGGGCAGCCUCAGCCGCAGCGGAGGGCGGCGAGGCAGGGGCAGCCGCAGCGAAGGGCAGCGAGGCAGGGGGAGCCGCAGCGGAGGGUGGCGAGGCAAGAGUGCCUGCCUUUGACUGGCAUCAAACAGUGGAUGUCCCUGUGAAUCGGUUUAUACUCAAUGGAGAACAAUUGGAACACAUCAGGCAAAACAUAAAUCCUUUGGGGGUGCAAGAGACAGUUUAG